AUGACAUUCAGGAUUAACCUGGCUACAACACUGAUAGUCCUAGUGUUGGCCUUGACUAUCUCGGCAAUAUAUGGACAAGAUGAUACAAUUGUUAUGAAGGUAUCAAUAUUUGAUCAACAUCCAUCAAAGAAUUUAAACUUUGAGAGUUGUAGUAAAGGUCUACAAGAGAAUAUGGUCACCUACAAGCUAGACCAAUCACAAAUUCCAAGAUUGAGUCCACCUUUGGGAGAUAAUGCCUGUAUUUUGGACUUUCAAGCAUUUAAAUCAUUCUUCCAACCAAAUGCCACCGUGAACAAGUUCUCCACAUAUGAGAUCAGUCUACAUAGGAAUGAUUCCAGUGGUGGCUACACCUAUAACAACCAGGAGUUCUUCCCCAUUGAUAACCAGGGCUGGGACACCGAUCCCAACCUCAAGCGAUAUACCAACGAGAAGGGUGUCUACCAUAACUUCCACUUCUGCAUGAAGUUCAGCACAUACUUCACCUACGCUGGCAAUGAGAGAUUCUCAUUCACCGGUGAUGAUGAUGUAUGGGUAUACAUCAACAACAAGCUUGCUGUAGACCUUGGUGGAGUACAUUCUGCCGAGAGCAAGACCAUCGUAUUGAAGAAUGUUAUGCCAGAUCUUCAAAGGACUCAAACAUAUCCUUUCGACUUCUUCUAUUGUGAGAGACAUACAAAUGCCUCGACUAUAUACUUUGAUACCAACAUUGAUGUAAAGUGCAAGUUCUAUGAUUACUGUGAUACGUGCAAUGGUGAUGGAUCAAACUGUUGUCAAGGUAGCACCGAUUGUGAUGACAAAGACCCAUGCACGAUUGACAAGUGUCCAUCGGCAUUGACACCAGGCAUCAACAAGGACAACUACAAGACCUUCUGUCAACACACCCGUAUGAACUGCUCGAUCACCAAUGAUAUGUGUAACACCUACACAUGCCAAGCCGGAGAUGCUUGUGGACUAAAGACACCGGUCAAGUGCCCAGAGCAACACUGCAAGGUACCAUCGUGUGACCCCGUCAAGGGCUGUCAAUCAUUCAACAAGUGCACCUCCUCUGUCUGCACAGACUCUGUCUGUCAGCCUGGCGCUACAGUGGCCGACGACAAAUGCAUUGAGACACCAAAGAACUGCACUGGACCAGACUUAUGUCUUGUCUACUCUUGUGAUGCCAGCAAGGGCGGCUGUAUCUCCAAGUCCAAGGUAUGCACUCCACCCGACGAGUGUACUUCAUCUACAUGUGUCAACGGCCAAUGCGUCAACACUCAGAUCCCCGUCGAUCAGUGUGCAGCCUGCAAGCCCAAGCCAUGCUUUGUCAACCAGUGGCUCAACAGCAACUGUGUCUACUCCAACGAUCCAAAGAUUGACGACAGCAACCCAUGUACUACUGACUUGUGUAACAGCACAACAGGCGAGAUCAGCCACGUCCCAGUCUCUUGUGAUGGAUGCCAGGCCUGCCAACAAUCUACUGGCACCUGUGCCGACGACACCACCAAGUGCCAGGACGACGGCAACCUCUGCACAACCAGCCAGUGCACAUCUGGCAACUGUACCUACACGAUGAUCUCCUGUGACGACGGCAAUCCCUGCACUGACGACUCAUGUGACCCAGUCACUGGUUGCGUACACAAGGACACCUUGUGUCCAGACGAAGGCAACUGCCAGGAGGGAUACUGCCAGGCGGGUGUUGGAUGUGCCCUGAGGACUCGCAACUGCACCACCGACCAGUUCUGCAUCGACUCUAUCUGUGACGAGCGUCUGGGCUGCGUCAAGUUUGAGAAGCGCUGCAUUGCCAACAACCCCGACUGCCAGAUUGGCACUUGCAACAAUGUGACUCAGGCAUGUGAGUUCCGCGACUACUCGCCACUGCCAUUCGGCUGCAACAAGGCCGCAGUCAUCUCCACUGGAGUUAUUGCCGGUGUAGUUGUGGCUGGUGCUGUUGCCCUAGGACUGAUGAUCUUUGGUGGCAAGAAGGGCUACGACUACUGGAAGCAGAACAAAGACAACAAGAUGUCAGCGUCCAACAGCAAUCCAAUGUACACUCCCAGUCCCAACAAUGCCGAGAACCCACUCUACGAUCCUGCCGCCAACAACUAA